AUGUCAGGUUUUUUAAAACGUUCUCUGGAUGCUAUUAAAGAAGGAGGAACUAGAAUUUUAAAAGCUAAUCCUGUACCAUGGGAAAAAGAACAAUUAUUAUUACAAUUUAAUAAUGCGAAAGAAUUAGAAAAUUGGGUUAUAGGAUGUGAUAAAGAUAUUGGAGGAUUUUCGAAUGCAAGUUUAGAAUUUAUAGAAGGAUAUGGUAAAUUUCAUGGAAAUAUUUCUCUUGAUAUACCAAAAUAUAAUCAAGAGUUGACAAGGAGUGGUUACGCGGGUAUAAGAUCAAGGAUCCGUGGAUCGUCAUUAUUUGGAGUAAGAUGCUGGGAUACUUCAUUAUUUCGUUAUUUAGCUAUAAAGGCACGUGGUGAUAACAAAAAAUAUUUUGUAAAUAUACAAACUGAUGGUCCCGUACUUACUGAUUUAUUUCAACAUCGUCUAUUUCUGAGAAAACCUGGUGAAUGGGAAAUAGUAAUGAUUCCGUUUAGAGAUUUUAUAUUAACAAAUCAUGGAAUUGUACAAGAUCCUCAAAUAGAAAUGUAUAGGGAACGAGUUAAAACUAUUGGAUUCUCUAUUUUAAGUCAACCUGGCUCUUUUUGUUUAGAUAUUGAUUGGAUUAAAACAAUGAAUACUGAUUCAACUGAAGGUGAUUGGAAUAUUCAACCAUCACAAAAAGACCAAGAAAAAACAUAA